CACAGGGCACAGGACUGCGGGGAGCACAGGAGCCAUGGCCGGGUUCUCAGCGCUUCAUUUACUCUUUCUGUUCCAGCUGUUAACAUCGUCUCUCGCUCAGCAAAGGCCGGGUCCUCGGGGUGCAGCUGGAGCGCCGGGACCCCCGGGGAAAGAUGGCAUUGACGGUAAACCUGGCCCUGCCGGACUUCCUGGAAAGCCUGGGCUGAAAGGUAAAGCAGGUAAAUCUGGGGCCGCAGGAAGCCUGGGACUGCCUGGCCUCCCCGGUGUGGAUGGUUUGACCGGUCCGGACGGUCCAGCUGGCAAGGAUGGACCAUCAGGAGCAGCAGGUGACCCAGGACCUCCCGGACCGGACGGACCCCCUGGCAGAGGCAGACCAGGAGCGCUGGGUCUUGCUGGAGCUAAUGGACUUCCAGGCGGAGCAGGACCUCAGGGUCCGCUGGGGCCCGAGGGUCUUCCAGGACUCCCUGGUCUUCCAGGCACAGACGGACCUCCUGGACUCCCAGGAACUCUUCCUGAAGGCAGUGGAGAUCUGCUGUGUCCGGCCAUCUGUCCUCCGGGUCCUCCUGGACCGCCGGGAAUGCCUGGAUUCAAGGGUCAUACAGGGCAUAAAGGGAGUAAGGGAGAGCUGGGGAAAGACGGAGAGAAGGGUGACCAGGGCCCGCCGGGGCCGCCGGGAAUCCCAGGGACAGUGGGUUUACAGGGCUCUCGAGGGCUGAGAGGACUGCAGGGGCCGGUGGGAGCAGUAGGAGACAGAGGAUUGCCGGGCUUCAGAGGAAAACCUGGAAUUGCUGGCAGCAUUGGAAAAACUGGUGAUGCUGGUGAGAAAGGACCGCAAGGUUUCAAAGGGCCCAAAGGAGAGAUAGGGAAAAUAGGCCCCAAGGGACUCCCUGGAGGUGCAGGACCUAAAGGAGAACCGGGCAUCCCGGGCAGGGACGGGAAGGAUGGCACUCAAGGAUUAGACGGUGAAAAGGGAGAUGCUGGGAGAACUGGCGUCUCUGGUGAGAAAGGCCCUAACGGUCUGCCUGGUUUACCAGGAAAAGCUGGUGCCAAAGGUGCCAAAGGAGGAGUUGGCAGUCCAGGAGAGAUGGGAGAAGCAGGACCGUCUGGAGAGCCAGGUAUACCUGGUGAGAUUGGCAUCCCUGGAGAGAGAGGAGAGGCUGGACCCAGAGGAGUGGCUGGUGGCAUUGGACUAGCUGGAAACCCUGGACCACAAGGUGUUAAAGGAUUCCAGGGUAUUAAAGGAGCUUUAGGUGAUCCAGGUCUGCCUGGUCCUACUGGAAUCAGAGGUGGCUUUGGUGAACGGGGUCCAGUUGGAGCUGGAGGGCCUAAAGGAGACAUGGGAGUUGCUGGAAGUGAUGGUUUACCGGGGGAGAACGGGGAGCCGGGUCAUUACGGUCCCGUCGGACAGAAAGGAGAGUCCGGUAAGCGUGGGGAGCUGGGAGCCAAAGGAGUUGUAGGACCACAGGGAGAGACCGGAGCCAGAGGCGCACCUGGAAAACCAGGACCGAUGGGAUUCCAAGGAGAGCAAGGUUUUCCAGGGGUCUCUGGAAAGACUGGUGUUCCUGGCAAACUGGCUAGUGAGCAGCACAUCAGAGAACUGUGUAGCUCGAUGAUCGAUGAUCAGAUGGCUCAGCUCGCUGCUAACCUGAGAAGGCCUCUGGCUCCUGGUGCCGUGGGACGGCCUGGACCAGCCGGGCCUCCAGGGAAGCAAGGAGAGGUUGGAUCCAUCGGUCACCCUGGAGCCCUUGGCCCGCCGGGUUACAGAGGACUGCCGGGAGAUCUGGGUGAUCCUGGUCCUCGAGGAGAUGUGGGCGAGCCAGGUGAUAAGGGGCCUGUAGGUAAAGCCAUCGAAGGGCCCACUGGAGACCAGGGUGACCCGGGUCUGCCAGGCGUGCAUGGCAUCGUCAAAGACGGCCGUGAUGGAGCACCUGGAGAUCCAGGAGAACCAGGAGAAGCAGGAAGAGCCGGCAGACCAGGACACCAGGGAUCACCCGGCAUCUGUGACACUUCAGCGUGCCAAGGAGCCAUGGUUCACGGGAAGUCCUCCAACCCUAAGAACCAUUAACAGGAGAACCAGCAGAAUUCCCUUUCAGGAAUGCUUCUGGAGGAGAAACGGAACAGUGGAUGUCAAACCAGCGUUUCAGAGCGGAACGAACAUUGAGCAUCAGAGUGGAACGUACAAGAGGCUUGAAGUACCAACAUGUGUAGAUACAACAAAAGACUAAAUACAUCACACCGUGAAACUAGUUGAUGCGGAAAAUAAUUCAGUCCUUGUAUUAGAAGUCUUCUUGUACAGCACCCUUUAAAAGUGUAAUGGAGCACAACUUUGAGCUUCAAAACCUGACCUCGACAACAGCAAACAAACAAGCAAACUGGAGGCUUGUUUGAGGCAUCAAGAAAUGACACCAAAAUAUUGGAUAUAUUUCUGUAAAUUGAUUUUCUUUGCCAUUUUAUUCUUACGUUUACAUUUAGUUCUUAAAUGUUUAACAUUGAAAGUCACUGUUUGAGGAACAAACUUCAAGCAUCGAUUGAGAUGCUUCAGACACACUUACUGUAAAAUAUGUCAUUGGCCAUCUGUGGGCUUUAUCGACCUUAUCCACUAGAUAAUGGUGCUGUUAAACUAUUAAAUAUGAUUUUAAAUACUAUUUAUUAUUUCUGAGUUACUGUUGUGUGUACAGUGUUUCUACGGCAUGGUAUUGUAAGAAAAACUGAAUAAAGCCACUUUU